CUCAGUAUCAACAUUGAGCCGCGCUCGCAGCAGCGCAGCUGACAACACCUCCGCUGAACACUGAUUAAGAGACUUUUUCUUUUUUUUUACACACAGUAAAGAAAACAACAACCGCAUUCUCCGAGUGAAUUGGACCUACAAUUUACCUGAGAUUUUUUUGUUUGUUUGUUUGUUUGUUUUUGUUAAUUCUCCCCACGAUCAUUCGCAUUAUUUGUGGUGGUCAUUCUUCCCGGCAGAUCUGGCGUAUCUGUCGCUCCUUACACAUCUGCUGCUAUCUAUGCUUGCCUGGAUAUAAGUGCUAUGACAGGGAAACUCGUGGACAGGCUCCCUAUUACUAACAUGAGCAGUUUAAUGAGCCCGGUUCCUGACCAUCUCUACCAAGAAGAAGACAUCCCCACGUCUAUGAAUAUUUUCUCCGGCACGGAUUCCAUGUCCCACUAUUCACAGAUGUCCUCAGAUAACAUGAUGGAGAUGGGAAUGGGCAGUGACAAGACAGCCCAGGAUCUGCAGUACAGCGGCUCCUUCCAGCCCAACCGCAGCGGCCAGACAGUCACCUACCUGGGCAAGUUUGCCUUUGACACCCCCCCUACGAGUGGGCUGGGGGGCUCGGGCUGGGGCUCGGACAACAAUAUCAUCAGCCUGGUGAGCGCGGGGAUCCUGGGGGUGUCUCCCUCCCCAGGAGCCCUCAGCACACACACCUCCUCCCCCGCGGGCCAGGCCUCGGAGCUGGAGCAGGUGUACGGCAAUCCGCUGCCUCCUUACUCCAGCUGCAGCGACAUGUACCAGGAUCAGGUGUCCUUCCACAGCCCCGCGACCACGAGCGCGCUGCCUUACUCCAGUGCAGACUACCACCCGGCCAAGCCUGCCAUGGAAAGCAACCUGUUCUCCAUGAUCCCGGACUACAACCUCUUCCACCACCAGGGGGAGGUGAGCGUCAUGGAGCACAAACCCUUCCAGAGCAUGGACCCCAUCAGAAUUAACCCGCCCCCCAUCACCCCGCUGGAGACACUCAGAGCUUUCAAAGACAAGCAGCAAGUCCAUCCGGGAUAUGCAGGUGGGCAGCACCACCAGCACCACCAUCCUUCCCAGCACCACCAACCUCCACCUGCACUCACACUGAAGCCCAUCCGCCUCCGGAAAUACCCAAAUCGGCCCAGCAAGACCCCCGUCCACGAGCGUCCCCACGCCUGCCCAGCCGAAGGGUGUGACAGGCGCUUCUCCCGCUCCGAUGAGCUGACCCGCCACCUGCGCAUCCACACGGGGCACAAGCCGUUCCAGUGUCGCAUCUGCAUGCGUUCUUUCAGCCGCAGCGACCACCUGACCACUCACAUCCGCACCCACACCGGUGAGAAGCCCUUCGCCUGCGAGUUUUGCGGCCGCAAGUUCGCCCGGAGCGACGAGCGCAAGCGGCACGCCAAGGUGCACCUCAAGCAGAAAGACAAAAAGCUGGCGGAGAAAACGGCCGCCACAGGCGGCCACGGCUCCCCUCCUGUCUCCUGCAGCAGCGCCUGCGGAGCCAGCUCCUUGACGGUGACCACAUGUGCGUAAAACUGGACUGAAGCGGGAACUGACGCUGCACAGCACUGCAAAAGGGUCCCCCGUUGCACCACCGUACCUGGGAUUUUCUAUUUGAAGAAACAAAACAAAAAAAACGGGACUCGCAGCUUAUUUUUUCUGUUUUUUUGUUUUUUGUUUUCUAGUUGUUUGUUUUGAAGCUGGACUGUUUUGUGUUUGUGGCGUUUAUUCCACAUGACGUGGAUCUUGCUGGCCUGACCCGUCGCGGGCAGGAGAGAGAGAGAGAGAGAGUGUGCUGGGCUCGUGGGACGCUGCAGUGCGAACGUGCCGUCAGUGGCGUUCCUUAAAGGGUGCAUAUUGCGCGUGGAAUUUUAACACCAGUCUGAUUGCAGACGGACUUUUGUAGCGAAUCGGGAUUGAAAAAAAAUGCACUUAUAGAAACCAGAAUGGUGAUGGGUAUGGGAUGGGCGACUUUUGGAGGCCCUUCAAUAUUUGCUUUGCGUUUUUACUUUGCAAAGCUGUCUUCAAAAAACAACAACGACAACAACACCGAUCUGCUUGUAGGCGCUAAAGAUUGGGUCUUUGCUGUCGGGAUGUUUGCUUUUGAUGGCUGCUUGAGUCAGUUCAACCAGUUUUGUAUCUGGUUCCACUACAGCUUAUAUAUAGCAAAUGCAAUUGUGCCAAAAAAAAGAAUGUGACUUUAGCAAGUGUUCAGUGGUAAUGUCAAAGGGCCCUUUUCAAUGCAGCCGAGUCUUUCGCGACGUUGUUGAUUAUGAUCUUUGAUUUCUUUUAGUUUGUCUCUGGCUGAUUUCUGAAGAAUUCUAAAGUUGUCAAAACCUCAAAAGGAGUGGUAAUCUUGGAACGUGAUCGGGGGUGACCACGCCUAACAUAGCCGAUUCAAAAAGUACAAGAAACAGCUUUAGAAUUUAGACAGAUUCUUGAAUUUAUCAGGAAAAUCAGGAAAAGAAACGGCCAUUCUUAGCUUUUCUCCAUGUGGGAUAUUAAGCACUAUUUUUUUUUUUUUUUUUUUUUACAGAACGGUACGGUAAAUUUGCCCAAAUUAACAGCACUUUGUCAUGCUAGAGUUAAUUAAAUAAUUGAUUAAUUGGUGCACGUCAUCCAAGUUCUGUAACAUUCCUUCAGUUCCAAACAUUACAGAACUAUAUCAUUCUAUUAUACAGUAUUCAAGUCAACGUUCUUUACAAAAUACUGUCCAGAAGGAAUUGAGCUCUGUGCUGUUUUUGAAAAUAACGGAGGGGUGUAAGACUCUGGUUUGAGGGUGUCUUGCCACAUCGCUAAAGUUUCAAUACCAUAGAGAGUGGGACACCCAUGUAAACUUUAACAAACAGAAUGUAAAGCUGCAGCUGUCCAUUUCCAGUGUUAAGUUUUGUUUUUACAGUGACUGAAUGUACAUAAACCGUCGAUUUUGUUAAAAGACGGAACACUUUUUGUAAAUAUAAGAGAAUGUAGUGCAGUUCAGUAGUCCAGUUUGCACAGAGAGAUAUUUUCUUCUGCCUGUUGCCCGGUUUACACACGCUGGGUACCGAUCGAUGCGACUCUAGGUCGUGAUUAGAAGUCUUUUUUUAGGGUUGUGGAGUUUUGAGACAGUGACACACUGACAGCAUCGCAUCCGGAAUCCUGCAGUAGAAUCUUGUAAUGUCGACUUACCGCAUGCGCUUCAGUGGAAACGCAAACAGUGGCACAGCAACGUCACUUUAUAGAUGCAGUGGUAACGUUUUAUAUGGCGAUCCAUUGCAGUAUCUUAUCAGAAGCAGUGUGCUACCGUAUCAGGGCCACUGGGCAAUCUUUGAUCUUGAUUUUCUAAACGUUUUCCCGGGGCUUCAAGUCACACUUACAACCAGCUCAUUAGAUACCCUAUAAGGCUUGACUCAACAUUUCAGUAUUUAACUGCUGGAAAUACGAACUGCCCCCUUUUUUCUUAUUAGUCAAUAAUCUGCACCCAAACAAUGUGCUUUUACUGCGCAUUUAUACCAACAGCAGCACCAUCCAAUGCAACACGAUAAUAAGCAAAUACGCAGCUGUGCAUAAACACACACACAAAACAACACGUUCAAUGUGCAAACAACACUGGCCAGAUUGGUCUGUUAACCCUAAGAAAAUGAAAUAAAACUAAUAACGAUUUAAGACUUUUUUUUAUUUUUUAAACGGAAUCUGACGGAGUAAACCCGCUCCUAGUGUUUGGAAGCUGGCUGUUAAGAGUACAUUGCUGGAAGGCAUUGACUGAGGCUCUGCAUAGCUGAGCGACUGAACCCUGCAGUAAAGGUAGAGGGUCCCGUGUCUGUUUAGCCACUGUUAGUCUAAAAAGCUCCAGCUCUUGCACAGUGACAUUAUUUGGAAAGUUUUAGUUGAUUGGUAUCCUGGUAUCUUCUUCAUUGCAUUAAAACGUGUUACAAUAUUAUACUGAUGCAAUAUUUUCGGCAAUACAGCCUACAUAUAUGUAUAUUAGGGUUAAAGUCAGCAGGUUAUCCAGUCCAAAUUGGACUAAUGCUAAUGCUUGAAUUAAAUGGAUAAUCCUAUUUCUAACCUAACGUGCAGUUAUAUAUAUAUAUAAAAACCAAAAGAUAAUAACACUGCUUGCAGUGCUUGCUGGGGUUGAGGAGAGCCUGGGGACACGAAGCACAGCUUUUGCUUUUGCUAGAGUUUGCAGCAAGGCACGCAGCACUCGCAUCCAGUCGCAUGCGCAACACGGUACUCCAUCACUCCAAAAGGUUUCGUUUAGAGUCUCUGCAAUUCUCUGGAAAGCACGCUCCCAUUGGCUAAACAGGCAGAUACAAAUAACUUCCCUUCCCCGCCCACCCCUGACCCAGCUGCCCUUUAUACACACGCCCUGCAGCAGAUCCAACGGCACCAGAGAACUGGAUGGUGGGAAGUUCAGCACUGAAGUCUCACAGGAUUUCCUUGUGUUUCGUGUUCUGGGAUGCUGGCCGCGCAGUAGUUUUGGCAAGCGUCCAUUCCUUCUCCAAUUAGCACGGAAUUCGAGAUUUGGAGCAGACCUUUUCAAGCCCCCGGCAGAUGCCACAGAUGCAGGUUACAUUCAAAACAAGGGAAGAUGUUUUUAUCCAGAUUCAAAUGUAAUGCGAUUCCAACGCCGGUUUCCAAAGACUCUACAUCAUUAACAUUGACCGUAAACAUCACCUUUGACAAAGGAGCAAGCCGACGUCUCAGUGAAGUCCACAACAUGCUGUAAUUUUCGUUCAAACUCAAACUGUAUUGUCAUUUAGCAUCUUAAAAUUCAGAGGGUCGUUUUUAAUCAAAUCAAAUCAAAUUAAACCCUUUACUCGCUUAUCUCAUUGUUAAAAGUUGAAAUGUGCUUUCUAGGUGUAUUUCAGCUUCAGUUAUGUUGUUUUCUGCGUUACGUUGUAUUAUAAUUGCUGUGUGCGCGCAAGAGGGGAAUUUGCUAAGUUUGAAAAUUAAACUCAACAGCUACCCAGCUUUGAAAAUAACCCCACAGUGUACAGCAAUAUUCAAUAAAAUGAACGACUACAGAGAAGAAAAAAAAGUGUGUCCUUAAUCCAACUUAAUUCACAUGUGUUUAUUUUAAAAGGAGUUAGAUCAGGGAAUAUAUAGGAAUUGCAUACCGGGUGCUGUACGAUUCAAUUUGCUGUCCGCUCCUCGGGAGGUAAGAGAGGCGUUGCCACCUGCAGUGGGUUUAAAUGAUCUUGUAUCUUACUCAUCACCAUCAACUGUAUUUUUUAUAACAUUUAAUUAAAACAACAACAAUUAAAUAAUCUGAUCGUUAACAUCUGAUGCAAACUCUCAUACAAGCCAUCUGAUACACAUCUUUCGCCACUUCGAUCUAUUUGAAAUAUAUUCCAAACAAGACCCAGCUGUUGCGGUGUUAGGCAUAUAUUUGAGCCCAGUUCGUGUUUAAAAUGAUUACCCAUGAUCGGAUAGGACUGGACUGUGCACUACAGAAUUUAUUGAAUGAUGGUGAGUCAUUACCUUCUGUGUUCUCCACAACCCCUGGUUCUGGUUCUUUUGUGCCGGGUUUGUCUUGUUCAUACACACGAGGAUUUGAUCUCAACUUUAUAGGCGUCCUCAUCGUGUAUUGUAGAGUUGCAUGUCACUGCACGAAAACUGUCACAUUUCUAAAAAAUAAAAAUAAUAAUAAUAA